UUAACUCCUCGCUACACCCCUCUUUCUCUCUUCUCAUCACUCCUUCCAUUUUCUCUCUCCUCUUCUUCUUCUCUCUCUUCCUGUUCUUCGAGCUCAGCAACAAUGGCGGCGACUCCAUUGUCAGUCGAGAAGACCACCUCUGGAAGAGAGUACAAGGUUAAAGACAUGUCUCAGGCUGAUUUCGGUAGACUCGAAAUCGAGCUUGCUGAAGUCGAAAUGCCUGGACUUAUGUCUUGCCGUACUGAAUUUGGUCCUUCUCAACCUUUUAAAGGUGCUAAGAUUACUGGAUCUCUUCAUAUGACUAUUCAAACUGCUGUUCUUAUUGAGACUCUUACUGCUCUUGGUGCUGAAGUUCGUUGGUGUUCUUGCAACAUCUUCUCUACCCAGGACCAUGCUGCUGCUGCUAUUGCUAGGGACAGUGCUGCAGUAUUCGCCUGGAAGGGUGAGACCCUCCAGGAGUACUGGUGGUGCACAGAGAGGGCUCUUGACUGGGGUGCCGCUGGCGGUCCUGACCUUAUCGUUGAUGACGGUGGUGACGCUACCUUGUUGAUCCACGAGGGAGUUAAGGCCGAGGAGGAGUUUGAGAAGACCGGAAAGGUGCCCGACCCAAGCUCUACUGACAAUGUCGAGUUCCAACUCGUGUUGGGCUUGAUCGUCGAGAGCUUGAAGGUUGACCCUAAGAGGUACCACAAGAUGAAGCAAAGAUUGGUUGGUGUCUCUGAGGAGACCACCACCGGAGUUAAGAGGCUUUACCAGAUGCAGCUUAACGGUACCUUGUUGUUCCCCGCCAUCAAUGUUAACGACUCUGUCACCAAGAGCAAGUUUGACAACUUGUAUGGAUGCCGUCACUCCCUUCCCGAUGGUUUGAUGAGAGCCACCGAUGUUAUGAUUGCCGGAAAGGUUGGUGUUGUAUGUGGAUACGGAGAUGUCGGAAAGGGUUGUGCUCUAGCCUUGAAGGCAGCUGGUGCCCGUGUGAUCGUGACUGAGAUUGAUCCCAUCUGUGCUCUCCAAGCUCUUAUGGAAGGUUUCCAGGUCUUGACCUUGGACGAUGUUGUCUCUGAAGCUGAUAUCUUUGUCACCACCACCGGUAACAAGGACAUCAUCAUGGUUGAUGACAUGAGGAAGAUGAAGAACAACGCCAUUGUUUGCAACAUUGGUCACUUUGACAACGAAAUUGACAUGUCUGGACUUGAGAACUACCCAGGAGUCAAGAGGAUCACCAUCAAGCCCCAAACUGACCGUUUUGUCUUCCCCGAGACCAAGACUGGCAUCAUUGUCUUGGCUGAGGGUCGUCUCAUGAACUUGGGUUGUGCCACCGGUCACCCCAGUUUUGUCAUGUCCUGCUCAUUCACCAACCAAGUUAUUGCUCAGCUUGAGUUGUGGAACGAGAAGGACUCUGGCAAAUACAAGAAGGAGGUCUACGUUUUGCCCAAGCACCUUGAUGAGAAGGUUGCUGCCCUUCAUCUUGGCAAGCUCGGUGCUAAGCUCACCAAGCUUUCUAAGGACCAGGCUGACUACAUCAGCGUGCCCGUCGAGGGACCAUACAAGCCAGCUCACUACAGGUAUUAGAGUGGGGAACGGAGAUUGGCGUAUUGGGUCUUCGAAGAGGAAAGGGGUGGUGUGCCUUAUAUCUUAAUUUUCGCUUAGGAUGUUAGUUUUUUUUGCUUGUCUUUGCUGUUUGGGAAAGUUUGGAAGGGCUUAGAGGACAAGUAUCAAAGUGUGUUUUGAAUUGAGGUCCUAAUAUGGGGGUUUUGAAUAAGGCAAAACUUUUAGGCUUAUGUUUUGUAAUUGCUCUCAGACUUUGCUGUUGUCUUGUAUUCGGCUAGUCUGUUUAAAAUUUUUCUAUCAAAAUGAAGAGGAAUGAGUGUUUUAUCAUUUCUGUUUCGAAAA